AGCACACAACUCUUUCCUCACCAAAACCAGCCAUCACCAAAUUGAUUCCAAAUAGCCCGAAAGCCACCAUCCAAAGCUUAUGCACCAAAGGACACCGCAACAACACAUGAUGACAACUUUCCUCAGCGUUCUUACAUAAGUAGCACACAUUCACUAGAACCCUACCCCUUCUUCUUAACUUAUUUAUAGUUAAAAUACACUCUCUACUAGCCUCCGAAGCAAAACAAGACACCCAUGGAGGAACUUCAGCAUUCCAAAUCUGUCUGUACGGGAUCCUAACAUCCCUGUUCUCACUCUUGAACAAACACUUGUAGAAAGAAUUUACCGUAAAGGCCCCAUUCUUAGUAAGGCUCCACAAAGGACAAUCAUUGUUACCAUUCAGUGACCCAGAACGAAAGGAGACUUAACAAAUUCUCCUAUUCACCAUUUUCCCAAUUAUUCAGAUUCCUUGAGACUAAGACAUGCCAUUCCCUCCCCUCUCCAAUUUCCCGUGUGUGAUAAUCACAUAUGUUUACCCCUUUUUGUUGAGCAAUGAUAUAUAUCUUUGGAAAUUGUUCCCUGAGAGUACCACCGUCAAGCCACUGAUUUUCCCAAAAUCUCACUGUGUCCCCCCUACCCACCCUCCAUCUAUCUAACACAUUGCGGAAAACUCUCUCUACCGGCCCCAAUCUUUUUCCGUAGACUUUUCCCAUGGGCUUUCAAAGGCAUACAGCCCCUCUAUUCAGUCCCAAACUUCGCGGCAAUAACCAGUCUCCAUAAUACCUCUUCCUCCUUCUGAACCUCCAAAACCAUUUACCCUGCAGAGCUGCAUUCGUUUCAACCAAAGAGCGGAUACCCAGGCCACCGAUAUACAUUGGACCCUUAAGCUCGAUACUAUUGACAGAGAUAUAAAAACGAACAGUUGUUGCUGAUCUCAGCAUGCUCCCAAAGCCUUCCCCUCCACCAGGAAUUGCAUCAAAUCUGCAUCAGUCUCCCAUUGAUUUUUAUCCUUCUGUGGGACCUUCAUCAGAUAGUCAUUUGGGCUCUGAGAAACCACCAUCCCGAUCACCAUCCCCUGGAAUGGUACUUGGAUUUUCACAGAGUACAUUCACAUACAAAGAACUAGCAACAGCAACGGAUGAUUUCUCUCAGAGAAACCUUGUUGGCCAAGGUGGUUUUGGUUAUGUCCACAAAGGAGUCCUGUCAAAUGGGAAAGUGGUUGCCAUUAAACAGCUAAAAGCUGGUAGUUGGCAGGGUGAGCGUGAAUUUCAGGCAGAAGUUGACAUAAUUAGUCGUGUGCACCACAGACAUCUUGUUUCGCUGGUUGGAUAUUGCAUUGCUGGAUAAAGAAUGCUUGUUUACGAGUUUGUUGCAAACAAUACGAUGGAAUUCCAUCUACAUGGAAAGGGGAGACCAGUUAUGAACUGGCCCACCAGAAUGAAAAUUGCUCUGGGUGCGGCAAAAGGAUUGGCAUAUCUGCACGAGGACUGCCAACCGAAGAUAAUACACCGUGAUAUCAAGGCUGCAAACAUUCUUCUAGAUGAUAUGUUUGAAGCAAAGGUUGCAGAUUUUGGACUUGCGAAAGUUACUUUAGACACUGAUACUCAUGUCUCUACUAGAGUAAUGGGAACUUUUGGAUACCUGGCACCAGAAUAUGCCUCUUCUGGGAAGCUCACUGAUAAAUCGGAUGUCUUCUCCUUUGGGGUUGUGCUUCUGGAGUUGAUAACAGGACGCCGGCCAGUUGAUAAGACACAACCUUUUGCCGAGGAUAGCAUUGUUGACUGGGCAAAGCCUUUGCUGGCACAAGCUCUGGAAGAUGGAAACUUCGAGGCUUUUGUUGAUCCAAGGUUGCAGAAUGACUAUGAACCUAAUGAAAUUACUCGAAUGGUUGCUUGUGCUGCUGCUUCUGUGCACCAUUCAGCAAAGCGGCGUCCUCGAAUGAGCCAGAUAGUUCGAGCUUUGGAGGGAGACAUAUCUCUUGCUGACUUGAAUGAGGGAACUGAAUCUGGGCAGAGCAAAGUUCUCAGUUCCUUUGUGUGCUCAGACUAUAGUUCUGCACAAUACAGGGAAGACUUGCAGAAAUUCAGAAAGAUGGCUCUAGAAAGCCAAGUCCAAGUUAGUAGUGAAUAUAGUGGGCUGACCAAUGAGUAUGGCCAAAACCCAUCUGGCUCUAGCUCUGAAGGGCAACAAACUACUCAAGAGAUGUUGCAGAACGUGGAGAAAGAAACUGAAGAUGUCAAGAAAAGCUCUUAAUGUACAUUACGGUCCUCACAACUUUCCCCCUUUGGAUGGGCAUUCUGUUUUACUCGAUCCUUCAAAUUUAGCAUCAAAACUGGGAAAUGUAGUUCAGCUCACCUUUUAAGGCACAACUCUUUGAGGCAUCACAGGUGCAUUAACUUGAUAUUGUCCAGACGACAUGGCUUUUGUUGAUGCGGUUUGUUUACAUCACCAAAUAUACAGAGAGAGGUGAAGCGAAGAAGAUAAAAUGUUCAAUUCUUUGGUAUAUGCAUCCCUUCAAUUCUUAUGUGAUGCAUCAUUUCUCAGCAUCGAGGUAGUUAUUUUAGAUAGACGUUUACUGUGAUAUAUUUGUAAUGAAUCAUUCCCUGGAUUCCUCAUGUCAAUAUCAUUAUUCUAUAUAUCAAGUUAUUAUAUUGUAAGUUCAUAUGCUGUAUAUCAACAUCACUAUUAUUACCAGAGUUAGAUUGGAUUAAGUUGAGAA